GUUCUCCAGUUGAUGACUCUCUCUCUUCCUCCUCUCUUGCUCGUCCACAGGCUCUCCUCUGGUCUUCGGUCCGUUCGGUUGAUCUGAUGGUCAGAUUUUAACAUCUUGAUCUUCAUGACAUGAGAAAAUAUUAAAAUGUCAGUUUGUUCAAACAGAAAUCAAAGCGUUGGUAUGGGUUAUAUCUCAGUUUUCACGCCGCCCUGCUGUUUUUUCGAUGUUUCACACAGUUCCCUCACAUUUAGACCAUCAGGCCGUUUAUUUCAGAGAUCAUGUGGAGGUCGGGACGAUGUUGUGAUUUCUUCUGGACGUCUGAAGUGUCAAAAGAAUUAAGAUACGAUAUUAGAGGUACGAUAACUACACGAUACCAUGUGAUGAUGAUAACCACACCAUAAAGGUAUGAUACGACACGAUGCAACACGAUAUGAUCGGUACUAUAUACGAAACGAUAUGACAGAUACAAUAAGAUAAUCUUACAAUAUGAUACAAUGUGAAAUGAUAUGAUAUGAUAACCUUACGACACAAUACGAUAUGAUAAGAUACAGUAUGAUAUGAUAUAAUAACCUCCAGAUAUGAUACGACACAUUACAAUACGAGACGAUACAACAUGAUACAGAAUGAUAAAAUACGAUAACCUUACGACAUGAUCAGUAUGAUAUGAUGAGAUACGGCAUGAUACAAUACAACAACCUUAUGAUAUAAUAUGAUACAAUACAACAACCUUAUGAUAUAAUAUGAUACAAUACAACAACCUUAUGAUAUAAUAUGAUACCAUACAAUAACCUUAUGAUAAGAUAACCUUACAAUAUGGUAACCAUGAAAUAUGAUAUGAGGACAUAUGAUAUGACACAAUAAUUUAACAAUAGAAAACGAUACGAUACAAUAAGAUACGAUAACCUUAUGAUGCGAUCAGUAUGAUAUGAUGAGAUACGACAUGAUAUGAUCUGGUAACCUUAUGAUACAAUAACCCUUUGAUAUGAUAAGAUACGAUAUGAAACGAUAACCUUAUAAUAUGAUAAGAUACGACACAAUACGAAAACUUUAGAAUAUGAUAUGAUAUAUUACGAUACAAUAACAUUACAAUAUGAUAUGAUAACCUUACGUUAUGACAUGAUACAAUAACCUUAAUAAUAGGAAGCUCUGGCACAAAAUAAUGUUUCAUUGUGACAUGAACCAGCUGAAAUAAACGUGUUUGUUUAGAACCUUUAAACUUCUGCCUCAUCGUGUCGAUCAGAUUCAAACUUUUCUGACUCGUCAAACUGAACGAAUCAGAAAAAAACGUUUAUCUGUCAUUUCCUGUUUUAUUGUUGCAGGUUCACAUCGGUUACCUCCCAAACAAGAGAGUCCUGGGCCUCAGCAAACUGGCCAGGUGGGUUCACUCUGUCUGUGUGUGUGUGUGUGUGUGUGUGUGUGUGUGUGUGUGUGUGUGUGUGUGUGUGUGUGUGUGUGUGUCUGUGUGAGUGAGUGUUUGUUUUCACUCUGAUGGGUUUAAUUAGACACCCUCUAAAGUGUGUGUGUGUGUGUGUGUGUGUGUGUGUGUGUGUGUGUGUUUAAGCUGAUUAUAAAAAGGUGUCUGAUCCCAAUGACCCCAAUACCCUCAGGCUUAUCACACUAACACCUUGUAUUGGACGCUCGCUCUCACACUGAAGAUGACAAACAGCAGAUCCAUUCACAUUUUCACGUCCGUUUCUAAACUCACUUUAACAUUCAGACUUUGACUGUAAAUAAAAACUCUGAUAUUUGGUUUUUCUGUUUGACUCUUUUUUGGAUUAACCUCCAAAACUCUGAACUUGAGUUUUUUUUUGGUCACAUUUAGUGUUUGAUAAGAGGAUCAUCUGAUAGUGUGACUCCAAACACGUCUUCAGAAAUAUCUCCAAAUAAAGUAGAGCGAGCGACUCCCAACAAGACCAGCACCUGUCCAAGACCUUUGACCUUUUCUGCUCACUUUGACUCGACCUCCAGCCUUCUUCACCAGGUCGUGGUUCGUGUUUUCUUCACUUUGGCGGAUGUCUCUCUCACCCAACUUCACUCACUCAGUUCGUUUACAGUCACAGUUUGAUCGGACUAAGAUCAUACUUCGUUUUAGCCCAAUCAGACUUCUCUCCUCGUCCUCGUUUACAUGCAGCUGAGAAAAAAGAAUUAUUGAAGUGAACGUGUCCUCCUCCCCAACACUAGGGGGCGAUAUGGGUCUUUUCAGCGGCGCUGUUUCCGACCCCAUACAACCGUCAACAACAACAGCAGGUCGGUGUCAGACGUCAGAAGUGUCUCCAACUGCUGUUGGGCAUUUUGGAGAAACAAGAAGAUGGAGCAUCGUACAGCGUUGUUUUUGUCCGACAUGAUGGACGCGCUACUUUUUCUAAAGAGGAGACCAACGCUACUCCUCUACUCUGGGGGUUUUGUUACGGGGUUACGGGGGCGUGGCACACAUUAUAUUUUAUAUUAUAGUCGGACUAAGGUGUUUACAUGACCUUCAGUUGUGCGGUCUUAAUCGGAAUAAGGCGAUAAUUCGGUUUCCUCGAGUGUCGUGGAAACGGACUGAGUGGUUUCUGCAGGUUUUCCCUCCACUUGACGUCCUUCCUUUGUUGUCGACCGGUCAGCUGUUCACCUUACUCCGGAUUAAUCGCCGUGGUUACCGAGUUUUGACCUCUGGCGCUCUGUGGUCUGGUUGGUAUCUGCAUGACUGAAGUUCAGGCCCGGUCCAGAAUCAGACCUAAAGUCCUGAUUUGAUCCAGUUUUAAAACAAGAACCAGGUUUUUUGGAUUCUCAGACCUAGUUCUCGUGAGCGAACUCCUAGACCUGGACCUGGUUUGGUGGAUCUAAUAUAAAAACUGGACCUCCUCUGUUCUGGGUCCGGGUCCUCGAGGAUUUAUUCUAACCCGCUCUGAGCCCCUCCCCUCCUCCUCAUGGCGCUCUGUUUGCUCUUUGACGUUUCCUCGGAGGUCGGGGGUCAAAUUUGUCCAAAGUGGUUUUGCUCACACAGAAGAGCAGCAGGUCAAAGGUCAGAUCUUCUCCUCCUAAAUGUCAGUUUCUAUCGUGUUUUUGACCAUCUCUCUCUUUUCUCUCGUCCAGGAUCGUAGAGAUCUACAGCCGUCGACUACAAGGUACGGCGCCGACCUCUGCGGACUCCGCCUCUCCUUUUCUGUCCAGAGUUCAGACCUGGUUUCCCCGGGUCUCUGUUUGCUCUCUGGUUGAUGUUUGUCCGUUCAUCCGUCUCUCCACAGUUCAGGAGAGGUUGACCAAACAGAUCGCCGUGGCGAUCACUGAGGCCCUGCAGCCCACCGGGGUCGGAGUCGUCAUUGAGGCAACGUACGAACGUCCAAUCAGAUAACAGUCCACAUGUUCACCUCCGGGGUUUCUCCUCCCACUCCUCUUUCAGUCUCAGUCUGGUUUCUUUUCUUCUGGUUUUGGUUCCUCGUCUGUUUUUCCUUCCUCCUCUUAUUUCUUACUCUCUCUUUUUUUCUCUUUUUCUCUCUUUUUCUCUUUUUCUCUCUUUUUUUCUCUUUUUCUCUGUUUUUCUCUUUUUCUCUUUUUUUCUCUUUUUCUCUUUUUCUCUUUUUUAGUUUUCGUUUUUUUCCUCGUCUUUUCUGACCUCUCAUUUUUAUUUACCUUCAGUCUUUUCGUUUUUAUCUCUUUGUUUGUGUUUGUCCUCCUCCCGUUCCGUCACACUCACAUCUUUUCUUUUUUCUUUUUUAAUUUUAACGUCUUUUUUUUCAGUCACUUCUCUCACUUUUCUUCACCUCUUUUUUUUCAACACUUCUCUCUCUCUUUUGGAUUUCCCCUCCUCCUUUUUUUAAUUUCUUUUUUAUUGAUUUCACUGAUCAAUAUUCCAUCAACAUUUUACAGUAAAAUCAAAUGAAGUAAAAUCACUCAUGUCCUUUUUUCACUCCUCUCUCUCAUCGUCUCAGAUAAACAGAAUAAACAGAAUAAACAUAUGAACAAGUUUGAGCCAAGGGGAUCAAUAAUCUAUAAUCACUUAGAGGCCUUAGAGGCGAAAAUAAAUCACGAGCUUUUGGACGAGGAUCAUGACGUGUAUCACGGCACUUCAGCCUCCCUCUCUCCACGAUGACCACGGUGUGAAACGCUGCUCCGGUUUACACCUGCCUUUCAAACGUGAUAAAUAUAGACGCAAAACAGCGACCGCAGUCGGUUUCCGGGUUUGAUAGAUCACACUGCGGGUGUUAAAUGAUUUCAUUUUCAUCUGCUCCUCUCAGAAUUUUGUGCGUUCUGAUGAUCUACAAACAUUCUGCGUAUUCAUGAAGGCAGACACGCUAAAUCGAUUUUCACGCGCUGUUUCGCUCAUUUGACAGACGCGAUCCUCGGUGCUCCCGGUUAGUAGAUCAGGUUUGUGUGCGCUAUCAAACCUUUAGUAGAUCAGACCCACCGUCUUCACUGCACAAAGUCUGAGACACUAAAUCAACCCAGUUUUUCCAGGAGAUUUUAAAAGUUUCUGUUUUUAGUGGAGAUGAGAAAAUCAUCUUCUCCUGAUUCUGUAUUCAUCGAUCAAUUACCUCGACCCAAUCCUCCAUUUUUGGUUCAUCUGUUUUUAGACGGUUUCUACUGAUGACCUUUUUAGCGUCACCAACAUGAUGGUAAAUCUGUGUUUUUCUCCUGACCUUCUUUCUUCUCUUUUCACAAAUAUAAAACUUUAAAUCUAAAAUGUUUUCCAUCCUCUUCUUUAUCUCCUGACAAUAAGGUAUAAAAACACCAGAGCAUCUACAAAAACAUGAACAUGAUCGGCCUGAUUCUUCUUCCCACAUCGUGUUUCUCCAGAUUUCUGUUGUUUCGGUCUAAUAAAUUCUUCUGAACAUAUUCUCUCCAUGUUGUUCUCCUCUCUCCUUCAUUCACGUCCUCCUAGAUGUUGUUCCUCCUUUUUUAUAGUUUGUCGUCCUCGGCUUCAUCGUCUCCUCUUCAUCCCCUCUUUUGUUUCCUGUCUAACCCUGAUCUUUUCAUCACAUCCUCUUUUCAUUCGUUCCUUCAGUUGUGUAACCGUCGGCUCCUGUUUUCCUGAGUUUCUCGGUCUCGGUAUCCAGAAUCUGGAACAAUCGUCCGAUUGUCUCUUGAGUCUCCGUGUCGCUGCAUCACUUUAAAUCCGUGAAGGAGCCGUAUCGGCCCCGGCUAAUCCUCAGGAGACACUGGGAGACCCGGCAGGAGACCAGAACGAGCUUUCUGCCUGUGGUGUCCGUGUGAAUCGAUGAAACCGUUAAAGUCUUAUUUUAGCCGCUCUGAUUAAAUCUGCGUACAUAGAAACGACGGCGCAGAGGAAAAGAGAGCAGGAAACACGACUCCUUCGAGGACGACGUUCCUCAAAAGCAACGCUUAGAAAAACGUCAAAGAGAGAGAGAGAGAGAGACGUGAAGGUCGGACCUGAACGAGGCCGACUGUCUGGACCAGGACCUUCUCAAACAUGAGGACAGUUUCCUAACUCCUUCUUUGUUCUCUUCAUUCCUUUCCUUCUUCAUUUUCAUUUUCAUACUUUAUUUCAUUCAGUUCAUUUUUAAAACAUUCAAUAAAAACAAGUAAAAAUCUCAAACAUGUGAAUGAAAAGGAGCAGGAAGAAGAAACUUUCUCCUCUUUAUAUUAACAAACUAAACACAGAAUAAUGAAAAUAAACAAGAGCUGCAGAAAAACACAAAACAGAAAAAGACUUCCAUGAACAUAUUUCCCUGUAUUUACUCGACAUUCUGACUUUGACACUUUUUUUAAAGAUCAAAUUUGAUUUAGUUUCACAAACUUGUUCCUCUCUCUGAAACUCAGCUCUGCUUCACUUUAGUCUCAAUCUUUUUAAACAUUUUAAAUCCUCUUAAAGGUGUUGUAGUUUUUAGGAGAAAUCUUGAAUGUAAACUCUACCCCUCCAACCAGUUUUCCCCUCAGCUCCUCCUCUCCCCUCAAGCCCCGCCCACAAACAGACGCUCCUGCUCGCUCGUAUCGUUCCAGUUAAAUUCCAGAUAUAAUGCAGAUAAAUCCUUCAGAUCAUUACAAAUGGGGCCCAGUCAAGGUGAAAGUCAAAAGCAUUGGUGCUACUGUAGAUGCCAACAGACUACCAGCAAACACAAUGUUUGCAGGACUUCAACAACUAGGAUAAAGUGACAUAGUCCAGGACCCGAGGGAGGACAGUUUAGCGAUGGCGCUACAACACGCUACAGCAGGUCCGUUUGACAAGAAACACUUCUGUUACAGACACUUGUCUUACUUUGUUAAAGCGGUUUACCUGUCCAGCAGAAAGGUUACAGGGUCACCAAGAUCCCCAAGCGUCCCCCAUCGUUUAUGUUGACCCGGCUUUUUAGCUCUUGUCCGGUCUACCUCCGUUUUAAGCGCCCGUUAUUCCUCCAGAGUCUCCGGUAUUUACUUUGUUUUCUUGCUUGUGUCGGCAGUCGUGGCCAAAGGAGGAUUCAGACAAUUUUCCGAACUUUCUGGUUGGUUUCUACUGUCCGAUAUUGUAGCACGCUAACUUUGUUUGGGCUCCUGAACGACACGGGGGAGCAGCAUUUUCUUGUUGACUGUUUUCUUGUUGACUGUUUUCUUGUUGACUCUUUUGGUGUUGGCUGUUUAUGGUUGACUGUUUUCUUGUUGACUGUUUUCUUGUUGACUGUUUACUUGUUGACUGAUUGUGGUUAACUGUUUUCUUGCAGACUGUUUUAUGUUGACUGUUUUGGUGUUGACCAUUUUCUUGUUAACCGGUUUGGUGUUGACUGUUUUCUUGCUGACUGUUUUCUUGCUGACUGUUUUUUGUUGACUGUUUAUGUUUGAGUGUUUUCUUGCUGACUGUUUUCUUGUUGACUGUUUUCUUGUUGACUGUUUUGGUUUUGACUGUUUUCUUGUUGACUGUUUUGGUUUUGACUGUUUUCUUGUUGACUGUUUUCUUGUUGACUGUUUUCUUGCUGACUGUUUUCUUGUUGACUGUUUUGGUGUUGACUGUUUUCUUGUUGACUGUUUUGGUUUUGACUGUUUUCUUGUUGACUGUUUUGGUUUUGACUGUUUUCUUGUUGACUGUUUUCUUGUUGACUGUUUUCUUGCUGACUGUUUUCUUGUUGACUGUUUUGGUUUUGACUCUUUUCUUGCUGACUGUUUUCUUGUUGACUGUUUUUGCUGACUGUUUUCUUGUUGACUGUUUUGGUUUUGACUGUUUUCUUGUUGACUGUUUUGGUGUUGACUGUUUUCUUGUUGACUGUUUUCUUGCUGACUGUUUUCUUGUUGACUGUUUUGGUGUUGACUGUUUUCUUGUUGACUGUUUUGGUUUUGACUGUUUUCUUGUUGACUGUUUUCUUGUUGACUGUUUUCUUGCUGACUGUUUUCUUGUUGACUGUUUUGGUUUUGACUCUUUUCUUGCUGACUGUUUUCUUGUUGACUGUUUUUGCUGACUGUUUUCUUGUUGACUGUUUUGGUUUUGACUGUUUUCUUGUUGACUGUUUUGGUGUUGACUGUUUUCUUGUUGACUGUUUUCUUGCUGACUGUUUUCUUGUUGACUGUUUUGGUUUUGACUGUUUUCUUGUUGACUGUUUUUUGCUGACUGUUUUCUUGUUGACUGUUUUGGUGUUGACUGUUUUCUUGCUGACUGUUUAUGUUUGAGUGUUUUCUUGCUUGUGUCGGCAGUUGUGGCCAAAGGAGGAUUCAGACAAUUUUCCGAACUUUCUGGUUGGUUUCUACUGUCCGAUAUUGUAGCACGCUAACUUUGUUUGGGCUCCUGAACGACACGGGGGAGCAGCGUCUGCCUCACAACCAAUCAGGUUAGAGGAGGUGGAGAACGGCUUUGUUUACAGUCAGAAAGAGCGGACCGCUCAAAAAUGUUCAAAUGUUGACGACACAGACAUAAGAGAACACAGAGAUAUCGAUAUAUUACCAAAUAAUCAAUAACUAAUAACUAUUGACUGAUAUUAGAAGAUUUUUGUAAAUACACCAAAAUAAAAAGAUGCUUCAUUAACGUUUUCCCGCCUACACCACCUUUACAUCAUAACCACUUUCUCUCUUUUCUGGCUGGUAACAUGUUCCUCUGAACUUUAUACAUCAUUUAUAAUUUAACUUUAUACAUAAUCUGCAACAAACUGAAAUCUUUCCUCUCCACUUCCUCCUUUCUUUAUCUCCUUAUUCCCUCCAUCCCGUCGACUUCCUCCUUUUGCUCUGCCUCAUGUUAACAUCGUCAGUCUUUUUGUGCCUCUUUGUUGAAAUGAGAUGAUCAUCUUAUCUCUCUCUCUCUCUCUCUCUCUCUCUCUCUCUCUCUCUCUCUCUCCCUCGCUCCACAGUCACAUGUGCAUGGUGAUGCGCGGCGUUCAGAAGAUGAACAGUAAAACCGUCACCAGCACCAUGUUGGGCGUUUUCAGGGAAGAUCCUAAAACCCGGGACGAGUUUCUGACUCUGAUCAGGAGCUGAGGAGCGCCGAGCUCCUCCUCUUCCUCCUCCUGAUGCCUGAUGUUAUCUCCACCUGCACGGACCAGUGUGUGUGUGUGUGUGUGUGUGUGUGUGUGUGUGUGUGUGUGUGUGUUACAGAGCAGUUAAAUUUCGGUUAUCUCAGUGAGAGUUCAUGGAGGCUGUGACUGAUGUUUAUUUCACAGAUGACGGGACUUUACCCAGAGCGUCUGAUUGAUCGUUGAUCGAUUAUCAGUCUGUGACGGAUCGACCCUCACAGACGAUAAUCAUCCGUAUGAUUUCUAACUAUCAGGACGGCGUCAGAUAAACUCUGGAGUUUUGAGAAGGAUCAGCCCAGAGCGGUUAGGGUUGGUAAAACUAUGACAGGAAGUGGACCGAGCCGGCCGCUCAAAAUCAAGUCCAAAAAAGGGGAGGAGUCAAGUCAACCAUCAUCCGUGUUUUAGCUGAGCGCAGCGGUAUUUCACUUUUAUAAACUCAUUUCAAGUCUUUGUUAGUUUCACUGAAGAGACAAAGACUUCCUGUCACCCUGAGCUGUUCGGACUCUUUAACGUCAGACGACAGAACGACGUCUGAAGCCGAUAACUGUCCCGUCAAAAUGACGACUUAUUUGUCGAUCACAGGUUGAGAGGAGGUUAAAGAUUUGUUCGUGUAAAUAAUUCAGAUUUUCGUGUCCGGUGUGAAAAAAAACGUCUGUUUCUGUAAAACCGUAGAUGUGGUCUCAGCGACGUCACUUAUCAGGAUUUCAGAGACCAGGAGGGAGGGUCUAGACGAACCUGUCAAUCAAAUCAGACUGAUUUACAUGAAACUGAUCACUACGACCUUUUCAGAAGAAUUCACGUUUUAGAGAUGGUUUCAUGUAAGAGCUCUGGACUCGGUUUAAAAAUCAUAAUAUCUGCUGUUUUAAUGAGGCUCAGUGGGUUUUCUUCGGCUCUAGUGGACACUCUAGGAACUGCAGUUUUGAGAACUUCUAGAGGUCGCUGCUCAGUCGCUGUUUUCAGUUUGUUAUAUUUUACAUCUAAAGGCCAAACGGUUUUCCAGUUUUGUUUCACAGAAAAUUGAUCGUUUAAAUUUCUCGUAUCGAGCCGCUGAAGCGUACGGACUUCCUGUGUCAGGUUAGAGAAAGGUGUUUGAGACGCUGCUCUGGGAGGCGACUAUACUUGUCAUUGUUUUCAGACAGUGAAUGAAUCCGACCGGUGGGAAGAUAAAUAAAAAGUGAGGAAACUGUAAAAACUGAGAAUCAGGAUAGAUUUAAGUUUCACCUCAGAGACCCUCACUGUCCCUUUAUUGACAUUUACCUGAGGAUUUGUGCAUUUAAAGGUAAAACUGAUCCUGGAACAGAUACUUCAGAAGGUUAAAGUGAGCCGAGGGUCACAGCAGUAUUAUAACAGGGUCUCCUGUCAGGACUUACCUGUGUGCCAACUCACCUUCUGAUUUACAACCCUGAAAAACACACAGACCGCUGAACCAACAGAUGGACUAAAAUUACACUUUAUGAGAGACGAAUGAACUCUGCAUGUGUGUGUGUGUGUGUGUGUGUGUGUGUGUGUGUGUGUGUGUGUGUGUGUGUGUGUGUGUGUGUGUGUGUGUGUCCAGUGUCUCUGUUUUUCCUCAUGUCGCUCAUUUUUGCAGUUUAUUGCAUCAUCAUGUCCACAGAUUAAUUUGAAGAAGUUUUUAAUCGUCUAAAUUGUUUUCUGGAGUCACGUGUGAGAGUGUGUGUGUGUGUGCUUGUAUACAUUUGUGUGUGUGUGUGUGUGUGUGUGUGUUGGAGGGACGACGAGCACCACCAAACUGCUCUGCUGUUGUUUUUCUCGUGGCCUUGUUGAGAAGGACGGCCUGUUCUUUGGCCCUUCAAUCAUCGUAACUUUCUGUACUGUGUUCAUUUGAGAAACUUUUUAAUCAAAGGAAAUAAAACCUCUCUGUAACCGUGA